CAUGCCCGGCGUGCAUCGCCCGCCGCGCGGAGUCGUGGUUGCAGAUGCGGUGGCGGGCGAUGAGGAUGGACGCCAGGGAGGCAGCGCCGCCGGCGGGGGCGGGUGGCCGCGCCGCGGGCGGCUGGGGCAAGUGGGUGCGGCUCAACGUGGGGGGCACGGUGUUCCUGACCACCCGGCAGACGCUGUGCCGAGAGCAGAAGUCCUUCCUCAGCCGCCUGUGCCAGGGGGAAGAGCUGCAGUCGGACCGGGAUGAGACUGGGGCCUACCUCAUCGACCGUGACCCCACCUACUUUGGGCCCAUCCUGAACUUCCUCCGACAUGGCAAGCUGGUGCUGGACAAGGACAUGGCAGAGGAGGGGGUCCUGGAAGAGGCUGAGUUCUACAACAUCGGUCCACUGAUCCGCAUCAUCAAAGACCGGAUGGAGGAGAAGGACUACACAGUGACACAGGUGCCACCCAAGCACGUGUACCGUGUGCUGCAGUGCCAGGAGGAAGAGCUCACACAGAUGGUCUCCACCAUGUCUGACGGUUGGCGCUUCGAGCAGCUGGUGAACAUCGGCUCCUCCUACAACUAUGGCAGUGAGGACCAGGCAGAGUUCCUGUGUGUGGUGUCCAAGGAGCUGCAUAGCUCCCCCAACAGCCUGAGCUCAGAGUCCAGCCGAAAGACCAAGAGCACGGAGGAGCAGCUGGAGGAGCGGCAGCAGCAGGAGGAGGAGGUGGAGGAGGUGGAGGUGGCACAGGUGCAGGUGGAGGCAGAUGCCCAGGAGAAAGCUAUUACAAGCCAGAGGCACCCGGCUGUGAGGCCCCAGAGCACCUCCAGGGACUUGGGGUUACGAUCCGAAAUCUUUUAUUUUUGUACCACCGGGUGGGCCCCUGGCCCCAGAAGGAAGACGCCCUCUCCCCCCUGCCCCUUCUGUCUACACCUGCAGGGCUGUGACUUACCCCUGCCUCUGGUGGCGGGCUGGGGGCCUCCUAAGACCUCACGAGGCCUGUGGUGGGCCCUUGGCCCUCUGGGCAGAGCCGCCUGCCCCUGGCCCAAGUGUAGCACUGUCCAGCUGUGUCUGCCAGGCCUCUCUGUCCCUUUGCCCAGUCCCCCCUGCUGCAUGGCGGAUGUACUCCCUCCUGGCCCCGGCACAUCACCUCCUUGAGCGUUUCCCUGUCAGUGUCGUACCCCUCCUGCCCACCCACCUCACACGGUUGUUGUGGGGUACAGCAAGGAGCAGAGUCCCUGAAAGCCCUCAGGAGUCUGAGGCUGCCCUCCCUCAUCUGUCCCAGGGAGGCCCAGCCUAACCCUGAAGCUUGACACUGCUGGCCAAUAGAUUUGGGUAUUGGGAAGAAGGGUGUGGGGAUUCAGCCCUUUCCAAAGGAAGAGGUAGGUGAGUUGACCCUCACCUUGGCUGUCCCCAUGCCCACCCAUGUGAGUGGCUGAAGAGCACCCUGCCCAGCCAGCAGGGCUGGGAGCAGCUCAGGGAUUUGUGAUAAGGGCUGGACCCCUCCCUCUUUUGGAGCAGAGGCUGGCUAAGGCAGGCCUCAGCAGGGGCCCUCUGUGUGUGACCGCCAGGGUGAAUGCCGACCUCAGCUGCGUCCCAGUCCUUCACAGAAUAAACUGAAGAAACAGCC